CCGGAGUCCGCGUAGGAGGGGUCGGAGGUACAAUCUUCCUGACUGACGCGGCGGUCUGUCUGUGGUCAGCGGACAUACGGACAGGCACCGGCGGCCUUAGCAGAAUUUUCCUGGGAAGAAUCUUCACCGAGCACUUUGCUAACAGCCAAGGAUGGCAAGCAAGGGGCCCUCAGCCUCUGCAUCCCCUGAGAACUCCAGUGCAGGGGGACCCAGUGGGAGCAGCAACGGCACUGGUGAGAGUGGAGGGCAGGACAGCACCUUCGAGUGCAACAUAUGCCUGGACACUGCCAAGGACGCCGUCAUCAGCCUGUGUGGCCACCUCUUUUGUUGGCCAUGUUUACAUCAGUGGUUGGAGACCAGACCUAACAGGCAAGUGUGUCCAGUUUGCAAAGCUGGCAUCAGUCGAGACAAGGUCAUUCCUCUCUAUGGCAGGGGUAGCACCGGACAGCAGGACCCCAGAGAGAAGACCCCUCCUCGUCCCCAAGGCCAGAGGCCAGAGCCAGAGAAUAGAGGGGGGUUUCAAGGAUUUGGAUUUGGAGAUGGUGGCUUCCAGAUGUCUUUUGGAAUCGGGGCAUUUCCUUUUGGGAUAUUUGCCACAGCAUUUAACAUAAAUGAUGGGCGGCCUCCUCCAGCUGUCCCUGGGACACCCCAGUAUGUGGAUGAGCAGUUCCUGUCACGCCUCUUCCUGUUUGUGGCCCUGGUGAUCAUGUUCUGGCUCCUGAUUGCCUAAUGCUGGGCUCCUGUCUACAUCCAUGGCAGGGCCUCUCGACUGGUGACGUGCCACUCCUUCUUCUGGCUAACCUUGACCUCUGAACUCAGCAGGGUCAGUAACCCUUCAAGGAGUCUUUCUUCUCUUAGACACAUGGAAACUCAAGACCAGUUGGCGAGGACCCCCACCGCGUGCCCCCACGCAUUAACACCCUUUUGUAACCUCAGGCCUUGGAGUUGAGUCCUUCUCAUGGGUGGCACCCUGAAAUCCUGUUCCAGCCUAUUCAGCAGGUCCUGACUCUUGACAGGGAAGAGAUGGGAGGAAAGAAACGGUGAGGGUUUCUUUCACUGGAGUUUUAUAUUACACAAACAAAGGGAUGAACCAAAUGGUAUUUAUGGAAACUUUUUCAUCUCUUUAAAUAUCCGUUGGUUAGUGACCCCCCCCCCCAAGCCAGCCAGGGCUACUUGCACCAAGAAGUUCUGCCUCCAGGUCCCAGUGCUGCUCCCCUCCCUUUCCUCAGCCCAGACACAGGAAACUGCUGACCUGGGAAGAUGAUCACUGCAGCGGUGGAAGCUGAGGCCACUUCACAAAUCCACCAGAGAUGCGAAGAUCUGUUAUUGGCUGUGGACCUUGCUCAGUGUCUGUGGCUCCAGAAAACAGUUUAAAGGACCUCUUGGUUUCCUCGCAUAGCUUGUCCCUGAGGAGAUAUGUCAUUUUACUUGCAGGUGUUCCCCCAAUCAGCUGUCCCCUCAAAACUGUGGGCACCUGUCCCCUUCUUCCAGAGGGCAAACAGCCAGAUUAUGCCGAAGCUGAGAUUGACUGCUGUGCAUUAGGAAAGACCUCGAGGUCCAGCCUUCAGUGGGGUUCAGAGCUCUGGUGCAGGAACCACCAAACACAUAGCACAGGCUCUGAGAGCAUCCUCUCUCAGAAUGUGCCCAGGGAAGCUGGAGGUUCACCCUGCUGAUAUGGAGGACACCAGUGUCAGACACCAAGUUGUUCUUUAUAAACAGGCAGGGAGUGGGAGACCACCACCCUGCGACCCUGCUUUGGGUAGGGCUUGAUAGAGUUCCCCUGAAGCCAGGGAAACCUGUGGCUCUCAGCAGCAGCCCCUGAUGCUCUGUCAAGACACGUGGCAAGCUGGGGACCUUCAGGACAUGGAUAUGAUGCGGCCUUCCUUCCUAUGGAAUCCCAAUUUCACAAGCUUUUUCCUCUGAGCUUGUGGUUGUGAAUCAAACAGGUUGUGAAUCUCACCUUCCUUGAGACUUCGGUGGAGAUGAGAGAAGGACUUCCAUUAGGAACCUCUUGCUUACUUCUCUAGCCCACACCGCUCCUGGCUCACCCCUUCAGUGCCCAAAAACUGGGAAAAAGCCUUCCCUAAUGGGCUUUGUUUUGUUUUUUUUACUCCCAAAUUUGACUUAAGACCAGGAUGACACAAGAGACCCUCCUUCCCUCUGCACAAUGAUAUCCCCCUCCAUUCCACCUGCCAAUGCCAGAGUUCAGUGUUGAAACAGACAAAAUAAAAAGUAUUGAGUAGGUUAUUUGUUCUUGAGUCCACUUGGUAGGAAGAAGCCACCAGCUUUUCAGUGUGCCUGCUGGAUUUUAAACCUUCUUGCACAUCCCUUGGAGUGCAUUCCUUUUAUUCCCUGGAAGUCACCAAAGGGGCUCCUGGAAUGCCUGUACUCUAGAAAGAAUUGAUGAGAUCCCUCUGCAGUGGCCCCAACCAGUAGAGGGAGAACUUCAGCCAGUUGAGCGUAACAGAACUGGAUUUGUAGAAGAAAAGACUUGUGGGUAGGAGGACAGAUCCUUUGGAUUAUGAUGGAAUGGAGUGAGCCCAGGAGGGCUCUACCAGCAAAGACAUUUAGAAACACACUGGGAGAAAAGCUAGGUUGGCUAUGUGCCCUUUGAUUGUGAACCUUGUAGGUCCCCACGCUUACCCUGUGCCAGAGGCUGGGUCAGGAAAGCCAAUUUGGGACUGCUAGCUCAGCCCUAACAGGCACCCUCCCCCAUCCCCUUGCAGAUUCACCAUGCAGCCCUCUGCCAAGGCAGCUUUCUUCUUUCCUUGUGUGUGUGUUUUGUCUGUGUUCUCACCCCCACCCCCACCACCCUUAUGAACCAGGUCCUGACCACAGUCAGAAAAUGCAAUAUGUAUAGCAGCACACUUGACCAGUCUCUGAUUUUUCACUGUUGUGAAAGUGAUUUGAUUUAGAAUGAAAUAAACAGUUUUACACUA